AUGACACUGUCAGUUCAGGGGUGACCCUUAGCAAGCAUGGCUGUGUUUUACGGUCUUUACGCGAGGAAAUGUUUGUUAAAAAUAUGUAAAUUAGUAAGACAUUCCUCAAAUAAGAAAUCGAAUUGGAAACCUUUUCACAGAAAAUUCUCCAGUAAACCGUUGAAUAAAGAACACUGCAAUGUCGGUACGAUUGGACAUAUAGACCACGGUAAGACGACUUUAACUGCUGCUAUUACUAAAGUACUUUCCAAAGAGGGUUUGACGAAGUACACUUGCUACGAAGAUAUCGAUCGUUCACCUCAGGAAAGAUUGCAUGGAAUUACUAUCAACACAGCUCUCGUUCAGUAUGAAAGUUUAUGUCGACAUUAUGCUCAUGUAGGGAAGUGGUUAUACACCAUUAGGUGUACUCCGCUUCCGUAAUUAAUUUUCUUGAAGAAACAACGGAACGCAGAUUCUGAACUAUCAACACAACAAUAUUUAUUACAAUAGAAUUCCGCAGCACUUCGCCCUUUGGUUACUGAGACGCCGUCAAUGAUGUUGCAUGGUUAUUUGUCUAGCUCCAAAGUUGGAAUGUUGGAGAGAGGCUGCUACGACGUCCAGGCCCUUCGUCGGCCAGCGAGAAAGAGAAUGAAAAUCCACGCAAAGCUUGGAUGUCGAUGACUACGCAUGCGCAUCAGACUCUUCCUGUAUUCCUUCCGGAACUAGUCCCUGCGCAUGUGUGGAUAAGCUUUCCG